CUUUCUUCUUUCUGCCUUUCUUUGUUUCUUUUGGCAUUUGUGUUGGGUCCUGGUAGACUAUAGAGAAGAUCUAUAUCAUCCUCACUUCGCUCCUCUCUUCUCCAAUAACCUCGUCGUCAUCCCAUGCUUUUAUAGUUUCCUCCCACCUGUACUCUUGCAGAGCCUGUGACGCGCAGGCCAAAUUCAAAUCGAACGCCCGUCAUCACCCAAUCCUCAAGCCGGAAGAUUAUGUUUUGGAUUGUUUCCUUGGAAACUCAACUUUUGCAACACCGCACUGAAUCCUGAAGCACAACUAUCCACGCUUUGACAGUUCGAAUACCACGGGUCUAAAACACCGAACACACCACACCACUUCCCAAGCACCUGCCGAUAGACGUCGAUCUAUCUCCGAAAUCUUCAUAAACCACCCUAUUAUCUGCUAGGCACGGCGUCGUCGUUACAUUCAGACACCAUGCCUGGCCGACUUCUCCCCAGCUUCGUGCGCCACCACUCCCACUCUCACAACCACCCUUCCUCCAUCUCCUCCCACUCCAACUCGUCGUCUACCUCGUCUGUGAAUGAGAUCCCGAACCCGGCCAUGGCUUCUAAGAAGCCCACCGUGACGGCCCAUCCCGAGAGGGCACGUUCUCCGGAACGCCGCCUAUCCUUUGCGAUGGAUCAACUGGAUCACCUUAUCCACCCUCACAGGGAGCACAGCAAGGACAAGAAGCGUGGAUACCGACGGGCUUCUCGCUCGAAGGAACGCCAUGCCAAUGAUCAUGCAUCGGGGUCGUCUGCGAAAUUGGACGUGGUCGUCGAGUCUCCCCCCCUUGUCUGCUACGGAACCCCUGCCAACUCCACAGGAGCGCUCUUCUCGGGACGCUUGAAAAUCACCGUCACGGAGCGAGCGGAACCGAUCUUUGUGGAUAAGUUUGACAUGCGCCUGAUGACCAAGAUCACGACGAAGAAGCCGGUGUCGAGGGAAUGCUCUAGCUGUUCCUCUCGCACCGACGAGUUGACUCACUGGAACUUCCUGACCGAGCCGCUGAGCUUGAAGAGCGGCGACCAUGAGUUCCCCUUCAGCUAUCUAUUCCCCGGUAACUCGCCUGCGUCCUGCAACGGCUCUCUGGGCAAGAUCGAAUACUUCUUGUCCGCACACGCCCACAAUGUGAACGGUGAAGAAUACAACUUCGAGAUGCCGCUGCACAUCAAGCGUGCGAUUCUUCCCGGGAACGACAAGUCCUCGAUCCGUAUUUUCCCCCCAACCAACCUGACCGGCCGAAUUGUCCUUCCUUCCGUCGUGCACCCCAUCGGCACAUUCCCCGUUCAGAUGACCCUCAGCGGAGUCGUUGACAAGGGCGACGAGACCCAGACUCGCUGGCGCCUGCGCAAGAUGAUGUGGCGGAUUGAGGAACACCAGAAGAUCGUUUCCACGGCCUGCUCCAAGCAUGCGCACAAGAUCGGGGGCGAAGGAAAGGGGGUCCUCCACCAAGAGACCCGCAUCAUUGGCCACAACGAAGAAAAGGAGGGCUGGAAGACCGAUUUCGACACCGCUGGCGGCGAAAUCAGCAUGCAGUUCGAGGCCAACAUCAACCCCACUUGCAACCCGGUCUGCGAUCUCGAAGCGCCCGGUGGAUUGGAAGCCAAGCACAACCUCGUCAUCGAAUUGAUUGUCGCCGAGGAAUUCUGCCCCAACCGCAACACCAGGCUCAUUACGCCCACGGGGGCCGCGCGAGUGCUUCGUAUGCAAUUCCACUUGCAUGUCACCGAACGGAGCGGACUUGGCAUCAGCUGGGACGAGGAGAUGCCUCCCGUUUACGAGGACGUGCCCGCCAGCCCUCCCGGAUACACUAUGCUCGACGGUAGCAGCAUCAUGGAAGACUACAGCGGGUCGCCACUUGCACUCCCGGAAUACGAGGAUCUAGAGCACAUGGACUCUCUCCGCUUGGACAGCGAGUCCACGCACUCGUCUACUCGGGGACGAUCCCGGCUGACCAACGAUGAUUUGACCACGGAGCCUAUGGAGCUCGGAAGCCGAACCCGAGCCCCAUCUGCCAACUCCCAAGCGUCCGAAUAGCUUUGACUCAUUCGGAUUCGAAUACCCCGACCGACCGCUUCAACCAUUUUCAUUUUCAUUUCUUUUUCACCUUAUGACUUUACGAAUACACCUGAUGAAUGGAACGACUUCAACUCGAACUCCAAACAAGAUUGCUUGCUCGCUUUCUUCAACAAUUCUUUGCAAUUACAGCACCUAAUAUGGAAUCGUCUUUCUCUGCUCCUUUCCUUUGUUCACCAAACGACACGAAUCAUGUUCUUUUUUCCUCUGCGGAAAAAUCGGGAUUAAAAAAAAGUUGUUGAUUUGCUUUUUGUAUUUUUUGCUAUGAUACCCAUCAUAUCUGUCCGGGGCUGCAUUUACUUUCUCACAUUGCUUUUCUCUAUUUUCUUUUCUCUCAUGUUACUUUUGCGCAUACCCCGUGAUGGC